AUGGAUAGAGCCAAAGAAGCUAUUGAAAAGGGUUUUAAUGGCAAUCGGAAGCAAUAUGAGAAAGUAGGCCAUGUUUUGAACCCGAGAAUAUUUUACACUAAUUAUCAAAAUAAGACUUUAUCAGGAGAAGUGUGGGAUGGUUAUCUUGAUUGUGUUGCUAAGAUGGUCCCUGAUGUACAAACACAAGAUGCACCAGUCAAAGAGCUUCAUAUAUACAAAUAUGCAAUUGGCAGUUUUGCUGAAUGGUGGUCGGUAUUUGGUAAUCAUACUCCAAACUUGCAACAGUUUGCCAUAAAAAUUCAUACCAAAAAGAGGAAUAGGCUUGAACUAUCACGUCUCAAUAAUCUACUGUACAUUAAGUACAAUAGAACGUUGAAGCGUCAUUACGAUGUUGGCGAUACCAUUGAUCCAAUUCAGUUGGAUAAUAUUGAUGAAGCAAAUGAAUGGUUAAUUGGAUGCCCCGAAAAUGAAAAAGAGCAACUAGUAUAUGAGGGAUGUGAUCUUGAUUGGGGUACUGUUUAUAGGGUGUCUGGAGUUGAGGAGAAUAUCUAUGGUCUUAGGGGGGUUUCUUCAAGUUCAAGGUCACAUAACAAGGGCAAAGGACUAUCUACUACGACAAGUUUAAGUCGGUCUCGGUGCUUAAUUGAUGAAAACUCUGAGCCCGAGGAGGAAGAAGAUGAGGAGCAAUAUACUAUUGAGAAUUUUGGAUAUCAAGAAUUUGCAAAUCUUGAAGAUCUUGAAUUUGAAUAG